CGUACAGACGCCCAGGAACGAACGCUAUGGAGAAGACCGGCGGUAGCCGAAAGAAAUCCCUGAAACGCAAAGGUGCUACCGAGGAACCUCAAGAGGCGGCAGUUGUUAAGGAUGGGGCGACAGAAAGCGAGGUCCAACCCCCCAAAGCGUCUGCCUUUCCUCCAGGCUUCAGCAUUUCCGAGAUCAAAAACAAACAGCGGAGACAUUUAAUGUUCACGCGGUGGAAACAGCAACAGCGGAAGGAAAAGUUGGCAGCUAAGAAAAAACUUAAAAAAGAGAGAGAGGCUCUUGGUGAUAAGGCUCCACCAAAACCUAUACCCAAGACCAUUGACAACCAGCGAGUGUAUGAUGAAACCACAGUAGACCCUACUGAUGAAGAGGUUGCUUAUGAUGAAGCUACAGAUGAAUUUGCUUCUUACUUCAACAGACAAACUUCUCCCAAGAUUCUCAUUACAACAUCAGAUAGACCUCAUGGGAGAACAGUACGACUCUGUGAACAGCUCUCCACAGUUAUACCAAAUUCACAUGUUUAUUACAGAAGAGGACUGGCUCUGAAAAAAAUUAUUCCACAGUGCAUCUCAAGAGAUUUCACAGAUCUGAUCGUUAUUAAUGAAGAUCGUAAAACCCCAAAUGGAUUAAUUCUGAGUCACUUGCCAAAUGGACCAACUGCUCAUUUUAAAAUGAGCAGUGUUCGUCUGCGUAAAGAAAUAAAGAGAAGAGGCAAGGACCCCACAGAACACAUACCUGAAAUAAUUCUGAAUAAUUUUACAACACGGCUGGGUCAUUCUAUUGGACGGAUGUUUGCAUCUCUCUUCCCCCAUAAUCCUCAGUUUACUGGAAGGCAGGUUGCCACAUUCCACAAUCAAAGGGAUUAUAUCUUCUUCAGAUUUCACAGAUACAUAUUCAAGAGUGAAAAGAAAGUGGGAAUUCAGGAACUAGGACCACGUUUUACCUUAAAAUUAAGAUCUCUUCAGAAAGGAACCUUUGAUUCUAAAUAUGGAGAAUAUGAAUGGGUCCAUAAGCCCCGGGAAAUGGAUACAAGUAGAAGAAAAUUCCACUUAUAAAGCAACUGAAGGAGUAAUAUUGGAUUUUGCUGAGCAGGUCUAUCUUGAGAUUGUGACAGAAGACACUUCAAAAGGGCAUUUGCUGAUAACACCUUUCGAAUCUGCACAAAUUACCUAGUGCCAUGAAUUACCUACCACUUACUGUUUCUGUAAGAAAUACAAAUAAAUGUCAUUUUGGUAAGAGA